AUGUAUCAAGCCGCUCUUGUCGCUGUUGGUGUACUCGGGUCACUGGCGCUGGGCAAAAACACCGCCGCCGUGGAAAUUGUCAGACGAGACACGAUAGCCGGAGUUCAUCGGGUUGAUGUCGGCAAGAAUGGAUUGACCUUUGAGCCCCGAAACGUUACCGCGAAGGAAGGCGAGAUUGUCGAGUUCCAUUUCUGGGCGGGAACACACUCGGUUGCGGAGGGCGACUACUUCGACGCAUGCCAACCCGAGAAUGCAACGAACCUGAACCCGGCGGGCUUUUAUAGCGGGCCUAUCACGGUCUCCUCCGGCGAGGCUGCGGAUGUGUUCUCCGUGACAGUGAACAACUCGGCGAGUGCCAUGUGGUUUUACUCCGCCGUAGAUGACCAAUGCCAGAAGGGGAUGCUCGGUGUUAUCAACCUGGCCCGGAAGCUGAAUUCCCAGUCCUUCGAAACGUACGCCGAAAGAGCUGCCGAUGCCGAUUACGUUGUUGUCCCGGCGGCCGUAACAGGAGGCCGGUUGGGUCCGGCGACCACCACCGCACCUACACUUCCAGAGAACACGCAGUUCGACAUGAAAGAGAACGCUGGGGAGAGAGUUGUCGUUAGAAUGUCAAGAUGCUCGGGUGCUUUGGUCGCUAGCUUGGGGCUUCUUACCUUACUUUGA